GACCCCGAAGCCGCCGCCAGGCGCCGCCAUUUACGCCAUUUCGAAGCUCAGCCGCCACUAGCCAAUAAUUUCCUAAGCCAAAUUGAGCCGCCAUCUGAUAAAGUUUGGCUGAGCCGCUGCCGGCUAGAAUUAUUUGCAUUAAAUAAUAAUUCUAUCACAUAGAGACAUACACACACGAAAUAUAUAAAAAAAUACGCGAGAUCUAGCACAGGCUCGUUGCUAGGAUACACACAGAGGCCGUUUCUCAAUCCAAAGGUUGCAGCCUGCGGAGGUCGGAUAUGCAGGCUGCAUACGUCAUCAAGCCUGGUUUAUUUAAGUUAACUGAGCAUUACAUUCGCAAACCAUACGGAUAUUACAACAAUUUACGAUUAACUAAGAAUAAGAAUAAACUUUAUAAUUGUUAAUAUUUUCAAAAUAAGCAUAAAAAUGCGACCUCGCAGUCCGGAGGCUGCAGUCUUUGGAUUGGGAAAUGGCCCGAGACUCACAGUGAAUUGGACCAAUUAAAAUAGCUCAUUUUCCGUACAGAAGAAGCGAUGCAUUUUUUUCUCGCACAGAGGUGAAAUGGCGGAAAGACGCAAGCAAGGUAAUUUUGAUCUCACUUUCAUAAUUCCUAUUUACAUUAUUUUUUAAACUUUGACCUACCCAGACUUUUGUUAAAUCUUCAUGGCACGGUUGCACAAACACCUGAAUCAAAGAUUGAUGUUAUGAACCAAAUCUGGAACGGAGAGAUUUAGCACUGAACGUGAUAUUACUGCAGUAACAAACCACCGUUUUCACAUUGCUAAUUAAACAACGCAUGCUUCAGUGUACAUUGAAGUGAAAUGUACAAAACUUUGUCCAAAAUAAUACUGAUAACAGUGUGCGUUUAUAUUACAGUUUAUCUCAUUCGCAUUUCUCACAUCACUAUUUACAUUUGCACAACAGUUAGUUCAACCUCCACAACAUUUAGUCUUUUUUUUCCUGAAAAUGUCUCCUACAUUGAACAAUUUCUGAAAAUAUGUGGCCAGACAGAGAGGAAUAUGGAUGUGCAAGAAUGAUUACUGUACUAUGUAUGUUGUAUUCAGUUCCAAUAUUGUACUGCAAUAUUGUUUUCAGUUGUGCACAGGCACAGCUCUACCCAAAGGGAGUUUAUGUUUGUUGUAAAUAAGGGUGUAUUUAUUUCUUUUGCACAAUGCAGAGAACAAAUUAGAAUUGCAAAAAGCAUAUGCAAUAAAAAAGUGAAACAUACAUAUUCAGUGUUGUGUACUCACUUACCUCACAAAAUACAGUGAUGUGUAAUUUUACUGUAUUUUUCAAAUAGCUGUGCAAUAGUAUACAGUGCUGUCUUGAGCAUUUUCAGGUAGUGUAACCAAGAUCUAACUUUUUUGCAUGGAAAACAUUUAUAAAGUAAACUGUCAUAAUGAAAACAUGACUAAGUCAUUUGACUAUCUUGUUCAUAAACAAUGAUGUCAGGACUUUUUAUUUUGAUGACACUGAGACUUUCAUUGACAUGAAUACUUGCUUUUGAGGACUAACCUAUCCAUUUUGAGCAAGUGACACGCUUUUGCAAGUUAUCAACUAGGUUUUGCAGUUUGUACUAAUUGUUUUAAGAAAUGCAUUAACUGUUGAGCAAAUGUAAAAAGUGAUGUGAGAAAUGCACCAAAGCGACUGAGAAAAACUGUAAGGCGAGACACGGCAGGCAAAAACAUUUUUUUUCCUGGUCAAUUUUAAGAUUUUUGGAUAUUUUUCUUCAAUAGCACGUGUUCUUUCAGACUUGUGGUGAAAAAAAGUCAGAAAUACACAUUUAGGUCUUUAUUUUACUACACUUCGUCUUUUUGCAUCUGUAGAUUUCUCAUAAAUUGCAUGAAUGCGCCUAGCGCUAGCUAAUAUUACCAAAUAGCUCAAGUAGGCUAGUUCUAGUUCUAAAUCUUCAUUUUAGGUGUUUUGUGCAACUGUUCUUGUAAGUAAGAAUGCCUUUUUGUCAGAACUAUAUUGCCAUUUUGUCAUUAUGUCAGGACUAGUGUUUUAUGGAUAUUUUUGUUCUCUUUUAGGACGCGGAAUUAACAAAUAUAUCAGCACACCACGAGCACAUCUGCUUAAGGAUUCUGGUGUGACAUGGAGGCCUCACAGUGUUGAUUCUGCUCGUAGCCUUCGUUCACAUUUUUGGACAUAUAUGGGCGAUUUGUAUGUGAACAACAAUCGCAUUGAUGACAAACUCUACUGCAAACUCUGCUUUGAAGCAGAAAUGACAAAAGAACAUGGAAUGCUGUCAAAAGUGUACAGCUUGGGAGAAAAAACAUCAAGUGGAAACUUCCUUGCUCAUGCCAAAGCUGCACACAAAGAGAGUACAAUAUUUCUCAAAGAACAAUCAAGUAAACUGACCAACUGGAUCCAAACUGUGCCGAAAGGAAGCCCAGCUACUUCCCAGUUUGAUGUUAAUCGCGACAUCGUGUUGUGGCUGUGCCAGGACCUGCUCCCUUUUGAAUUAAUAGAAAAGGAAGGUUUUCAAGCAUUCAACAAGAAAAAUAUUCAUCUCAAUUUGCCAACCAGCAGAGCCCUUGCAACAACAGCCCUGGCAGAUGUCUACAUGGGUUUGAAGUCCAAAGUCAAAGAACAACUGGCAGACAUUGUCAGUGGUACUAUCAUGUUAGAUGGCUGGACUGAUGCUCAUCAUCGAUACCCAUAUGUUGGUGUGAGAAUCUGCACUGUAGAUGCAAACUGGAAUUUCCUUCUGUUUACACUUUGUGUUAAACCUGAAGAAAAUCACACAUCAGAAAACCUUACAGUGUUUGUAAGGGAAUUACUUGAAGAAUUCCUUCCCAAAGAUAAAAAUGUGUUGCUCUUUGACACAACAGAUGGGGCAGCGAAUAUGAUUAAGUUGUCCCGGUUACUGGGCCAUGAGAGAGUAACAUGCGUAGCACACUGUUUACACAACUUACUCAUAACAGACACUCUUACCAAAAUCCCUGAAGCACAAGCCUUAAUUUCCCAAUGCAAAGAUAUUGUUAGUGCACUGCACUUCAAGGCACAUCUAAUAGAGGAAUUUGUGUUGGAGCAGAAAGAGGCAGACAUAUUUGCCAAGAUACAAGACCUGCAGGAUGAAAUUGAUGCAGAUUCUAAUGAUCCUAUUGAUGAAAUUGAUGAUGCAGAGGAUUGGCAGCUGGGAACUAAGAAAUCAAACCAGGGCUCACAGACACACAAAACACUGAAGACCACAGUGCCAACACGUUGGAACAGUGUCCUCAACAUGAUCAGAAGCAUAGUCAGUAUGGAGACAGAAGUCACUGAAAUCCUGAAGAGGAUAGGAAAGCCCUUGUUAUGCCUCCUACCUGAUGACAUCAAGCUACUUUGUAACUUAGUUAGCUUUUUGGAAGACUUUGAGAAAUUCACUCUCAUUAUAAGUGAAGUCAGUCCAAACCUGAGUGCCAUACCACUAAUCAGGGCUCGAAUCAAGAAAAUCUGUGCAGUGGCUCCCAGAGAUCCACUACUGAUGAAGAGAGUCAAAGAACGAAUAGUGAAAAACAUGGACAAACGAAUUCCCAUGUCAGAUCUGGUUAGAGCCACCGCAGUGUUUGAUCCAGCUGUCAGAGAUAUCACCAUGACAAAAGAUGAAAGCAGAGAGCUGCUGCAGAAUCUCUAUGAGAAACUUAACUCCUCCAGAUUCAGUUCAACAGUGUUUGGGGUUGGAGAUGAGAGGACAACUACUGAUGGUGGUUCUGGCGGUCCUUCUGGUGGGAAUGGUGACCACGACGAUGGAGAUGUGGUAGGAUGUGCGAAACGCCUGCGACUAGAAUUAUUAGCAGAGGCACAAGAAGAUGCAGAAGCUCAUUCUUUAAGUUCUAUCCUUGACCAAGAGAUUGAUGCUUUUCUGGCAGUGAGAACAAGAGACCAAGGAGCAUUGGACUUUUGGCGAACACAUAGCAAUACUUUCCCCACACUGUCCGCUAUGGCCCGGUGCUACCUCUCCAUUUCACCAGGUAGUGUGCCGGUGGAAUGCAUGUUUAGUUCCACUGGCCUACUGCUCAAUGGCAAACGAUCAUCACUUGCUCCUUCAAGGUGUAAUAUGAUAAGCUUCAUCCAUGAUAAUGCCAAGUUAUUGUAUACAACUUAGCCUACAUACAUUUAGCCUAAACACAACACA